CUACCGCCACCUCAGCGGCUCGGACCACGGACGCGGCUCGCCAGCAGCCCGCCGCACAGAAGCUGCCGCCGGGCGCCGCCGCCCGCACGCCCGCUGCCCGCCGCCCGGGAUCAUUUGAAUUUUGGCUUGGGAUUCAAUUGCCAACAACUUCAGACAUGGCCCUGGAUUAGCUCCCUUUCUCAUUGCCGUGACAGAACACCUGACCCAGAUGACAUGGCUGAACACCUGAGGACAGGGUUUCUCUGUGUAGCCUUGGCUGUCUUGGAAUUCUCUAUAUCUACCAGCCUGGUCUUGAGCUUAAGAAAUCCAUCUGCCUCCCUGAGUGCUGGGAUUAAAGUUUGGAAGUUUGUUUAAGAACCAAGGACCUUUUCACACUAAAACUGAGGGUGUGUGGCUGUCUUAUUCAAGGAGAAAUGGGUAUUUUCCAUGUAACGUAUCCUACUUCGGUACACUGAAAAACCAGUAAAGUGGAUUUUGCCCACGGCUUCCCUUUAUUUUCUACUGAGUUCAUCCAUGAGCUCAGAUUUUCCACAUUACAACUUCAGGAUGCCUAAUAUUGGAUUCCAGAAUCUGCCUCUCAACAUAUAUAUUGUGGUUUUUGGCACUGCUGUAUUUGUCUUCAUUCUUAGUUUACUCUUCUGUUGCUACUUGAUUAGGCUAAGACAUCAAGCACACAAAGAAUUUUAUGCCUACAAACAGGUUAUAUUAAAAGAAAAAGUAAAAGAACUGAAUUUACAUGAGCUCUGUGCUGUGUGUCUAGAAGACUUCAAGCCUCGAGAUGAACUGGGGAUUUGCCCAUGCAAGCAUGCCUUCCACAGAAAGUGCCUUGUUAAGUGGCUGGAAGUCCGCAAAGUGUGUCCCCUGUGCAACAUGCCGGUGCUGCAGCUGGCCCAGUUGCAUGGUAAACAGGACCGUGGUCCUCCUCAGGAGCCCCUCCCUGGGGCAGAGAACAUUGUAUAGCUUCCUACAAGGAUCAGACUGUUGCUGGACACAGCAGUAUGGAGCCAGGAGGAACACAAGCAGACAAUGUUUUCGCUGCUCUCUGCCUGGGACACCCACUGUCACUUCCUUUGCCUCAUGAAGAACUCUUGAGCCAGGCAAGCUGAGACCCUAGGCAUCUGGAUCUUGUGACAACCAAAGCACCCUGAUUAUCACCCUAUGCCAAAAGGAGUGGAUGAGCCUGCAGGUUUGGUUUCAGAAAUUUUCUGAUCUUCCCCUGUGUCUCCAGGCACCUCUAUAUCAAGCAGAAGGGAAGAUAAACACGUGUUAGAAAGGAACUUCGAAUGGGUCCACCCGUGGACCUUAAGCUGCUGUUCAGACUUCACCUGCUCUGUUGCCACAGACCCUCGGCAUCCUGAGUCAAGUGAAACCAGCUGUUCCAUCAGCUGAAGCACACCUGGCUGCCAGUAUUUGGUGAGGCAGCUCCUGCAAGGUUCUUCGGGUUCAUCUUGGAACCUGAAGACUUUGGGAACAACAGCAACAGGACCCCUGCCACACACACCAGUUCACACUUGCUGUCAAAUCUUCCAAGUUGAAGCCAUUAUAAACACUUGGAAAGGCCUGGUCAGGAGCCAUCCCUCUUCUGUUUCUCCUCCUAGCCCAGCAGGAGCUUGACCCUGAACCUCCACUGUCCCUGUGUAACCCAGGGGCCAGGGCACUGCUCAAGUAUGCCGAAAGCGUAGUGUGUUCCAUUACAGCUGCUGGCCUCAUCCCACUGGCUAAGGGGUCUCUCUGGGCCCUUCAGAUGGCUCCAAAGAGGAGCCCCUUUCUCAGCAAGGCCAGUCCUCACCCACCUGGAUGACCCAGGACAGACACUUCGGCUUCUCUCCUUUCCCCUUCUGUCCUUCUUCUGCUCUUUUUCUACAUAAGAAAAAUGUCUUACUGCAUUUUUAAACAUUUAUCCCCAGUAAGCUCCCUGUAAUUUUUGAAGCCAGUGAGCCACUUGGAGUUGUAAAUAGUUUGAGGACGCUCCUGCAUGGCUGGCCUUCUGUUGGUGUGUACCUCAGUUACUUGGACUCGAGAUUCCUAACUGAAGGUGUUUUUAUAGGAGAAACAUGCAUGCUGCUUUUUGGCUCUUUCUGUCCAACUUUUCUAGGACAACUGCCUCCAGUAGGCGUUGUGAACACUGUAAACUAGCCAUGUAAAGCACAGAACAUUCUUUUUACAUAGCUUUCUCUCCCCUCUCGUCACAACAGUGCCACUGCAAUGCCUCAACAACUGCUCUGCAGGAAGUAGUCUGGGA